AUGGACCCCUGCUCUUCGCUCUUCAGCUACGUGUUAAUGCACUUGUUCGUCCUCUGCCUGCAAGCCCAGGUAACUGUUCAGUCCCCACCUAAUUUUACACAGCAUGUGAGGGAGCAGAGCCUGGUGACAGAUCAGCUCAGCCGGCGGCUUGUCCGUACCUACCAGCUGUACAGCAGGACCAGCGGGAAACAUGUGCAGAUCUUGGACAACAAGAAAAUCAAUGCGAUGGCAGAGGAUGGGGAUGUGCACGCCAAGCUCAUCGUGGAGACAGACACCUUUGGGAGCCGCGUGCGUAUCAAGGGGGCAGCCACGGGUUUCUACAUCUGCAUGAACAAGAAGGGGAAGCUGAUUGGCAAGAGCAACGGCAAAGGCAAGGACUGCGUCUUCACGGAGAUCGUGCUGGAGAACAACUACACGGCGCUGCAGAACGCCAAGUACGAGGGCUGGUACAUGGCCUUCACCCGCAAGGGCCGCCCGCGCAAGGGCUCCAAGACCCGGCAGCACCAGCGGGAGGUGCAUUUCAUGAAGAGGCUUCCCAAGGGCCACCAGACCACCGAGCCCCACAGACGCUUUGAGUUCCUCAACUACCCCUUCAACCGGAGAAGUAAAAGGACUAGAAACUCCAGCUCCAGGGCGGGCCCUUGAUGUGCCUGCCCCUGCCCCCUCUGCCUGCAUCUCCUGGAGGAUGCUCCUCUGAGCUUGAUGGACUAUAUGUAGAGACUUUCCCAUAUGGGUAUUAAAACAAA